AUGCGCUUUUUUGAAGUUUCUAGCCUUAUAUCUUUUGCCACUGCACUGCAGUAUGCCCAAGCUGCGGAUGUGAACCCAAAGCCCCCUCUUACCUGGGCUGAGGCAUCGGAGAAGGCUGGCAACUUUGUGUCUCAGCUUAGCACUCCUGAAAAGGUCGGUCUUGUCACUGGAUCUUACGGGUCCGGAUUGCUACCUUGUGUAGGCACGAUCGCGGCAAUUGAACGACUUGGUUUCGAUGGCCUAUGUCUUAGUGACGGACCAGCUGGAGUAGCUCGCUCCGAUGGUGUCAGCGUCUUCGCCUCUGGGAUCACUGUAGCAGCGACGUGGGACAGACGUCUCAUGUAUGAACGCGGAUUGGCUCUUGGUCAAGAGUUCAGGGCCAAAGGCUCGCACGUACAUCUUGGGUGUGGGCGAAACUGGGAGGGCUUUGGGCCAGAUCCGUAUCUGGCUGGCGUCGCCAUGAACGAGUCUGUUUCCGGUAUUCAAGCAGCCGGUGUCCAGACAGCCUCCAAACAUUACAUCGGCAACGAGCAAGAGACGCAACGCGUCCCUAGUACUCGUGAGGAUGGAACUGUUAUCGAAGCCAUUUCCGCAAACAUUGACGACCGAACACUUCACGAGCUUUAUGUUUGGCCAUUCGCUAAUGCCGUGCAUGCAGGGACAUCGUCUGUCAUGUGCGGCUACAAUCGCGUCAAUGGUAGCUACUCAUGUGGAAACCCGGAAAUACUGCGCACUAUUCUCAAAGAUGAAUUGGCUUUUCCUGGAUAUAUUGUAUCGGACUGGGAUGCUACGCAUUCAACAGAAGACACUGCCAAUGCAGGGUUGGACAUGGAGAUGCCAGGAAAUCAGACCGUGAGCGGCAUGUAUUACUUCGGCGAUUCGCUCAUUGAGGCUAUUGAAGCGGGUCGUGUGUCAGCGGACCGCCUUGACGACAUGGCAAGCAGAGUUAUGAUAUCAUAUUUUCGGCUUGGUCAAGAUGUGGAUUUUCCCACCCCGGACCCUUCCAGCGGAGCUUCGUUCCUCACCUAUAUGUACGGCCGUGGCUCGCCUUUGUCUAGCCUUUACCCUGAAGUCCCGGCACGCGACGUUCGUGGCAAUCAUGCGCGAGGUAUUCGUGAAUUGGGCGCUGCAGGCACAGUGUUGCUCAAGAAUUUGAACGGAGCACUGCCUUUUACCAACGAGACGGGUUUUGCAGUCUUCGGAAAUGAUGUGCCGGAUCCAACACUCGGCUCAGUAUAUCUCGUUUAUGACGACAAUGCUGUGGGUAACGAAAUGGGCACUCUUGACAUAGGCGGCGGAUCUGGCACAGUUCGACAUACCAACCUCGUGAGCCCGCUCGAGGCCUUACGGGAAAAGGUGGACUCCAUUGGUGGCCGGAUACAAUGGCUCUUUGACAACAAUGAGGUUGCGGACGGACGCUUCCGGUCAAUUUAUCCACUACCCCAAGUCUGCUUACUAUUCCUCAAGGCUUUCGCAACAGAAGGAACUGAUAGAGCAAAUCUUGACUUCCAAUGGAACGCUACCAUGGCAGUAGAAAGCACGGCAGCGUUAUGCCCGAACACCAUUGUCGUAACACAUGGCCCCGGAGUGGCUCUCAUGCCUUGGGCUGACAAUGAGAACGUGACAGCGAUUUUGGCAGCACAUUACCCUGGGGAGCAGACUGGAAACUCCAUUACCGAUGUUCUUUGGGGCAUUGUCGAACCCUCCGGCCGGCUCCCCUACACCAUUCCGAAAGACGCUUCAGACUGUGGGCCACCACUCGUCGAGUUCCCAGGAAAUGUUACAGAUCCGAAUGCAUGGCAAGCCGAUUUUGCCGAGGGUCAAAUGAUUGAUUAUCGACAUUUCGACGCGAACAAUGGUACAGAGCCACUAUACGAGUUUGGUUUCGGACUUUCGUACACCAACUUCAAGAUGGGACAAAGGCUAGAUGUCGACCUUAUUGAUGGGCCAUUAAGCCGGGUUGCUGACCAGUCCAAAGGUAUUGCACCAGGUGGACUGGUAGACCUAUGGACCACCGUUGCUGUCGUAACGGUGAACGUGACCAACUCAGGCAACCGGGCAGGCUUCGCUGUGCCACAGCUCUACGUGUCGCUUCCUCAGGCCACCACCCCUGCAGGCACACCAGUGAAAGUUUUAAGGGGGUUUGAGAAGGUAUUUCUCGAGGUGAACGAAGUGCGGGAGGUGAGAUUUGAACUCAUGAGGAGAGACUUGAGUUACUGGGACGAAAUUACAAAGCAGUGGGUAAUUCCGGAAGGGCCUAUUUCUUUCGUGUCGGGGUUCAGCUCGAAGGACUUGCACGCAAGGACUGAGGCAAUAGCUUUAGAAUAG